UACGCUGCUGUGACUGUAGAGCACGAAGAUUUGGGAGUGAAGAUGAAAGCGUAUUCUAUUUUCAGAUCUGGGUAUUUGUUAGUUCUACUUUGUCUUUUCUCUGUAGAAGGCAAAAAGUCACCUACAGGAAAGCGUACCUGCCGGAAAGGACUACUCUCCCAAGUGACAGAGAACCUAUAUACCAAGGCAACUAGUUUAAAAUCAUCUGUUCCUAAGGAUCUCAUCAAGAAUACAAGACUUCUAAAAAAGACGACAAAAAUGCUGUUUAUGACAAAUUGUAAUGUUCGAGAUCAGCUCCUCUCAUUCUACAUGAAAAAUGUUUUCAGUCAUCUUGGAAUAGAAAGUGAAAAGCUGUACGUUAUUAGUGCCUUCCGGGUCCUGCAAGAGAACAUGAAUGCCUGUCUUCCAUGUGCUCCGUCCACAAGGUUAACUUCUGCUGUCAAAAAUAUGAAGAAAACAUUUCUUAAGCUUGGGGAAAAGGGAGUAUACAAGGCCAUCAACGAGCUCGAUAUUCUCCUUCCCUGGAUUCAGGCCUACAUCCAAACCAUAGUAUGAGGAACAAGGAAGUGACUGAAAACACGUCAUCUCUAUAUUAAGAACAGAUCCUUACCCAAAAGGCCUGACAAACAACCAUGUGCUGGAUGUACGACUUGCCUGGCAGCAGCACUGCAACACUGGAGAAGAGCUCUUGUUAAAAAAGAGCGGAAAGAGGAACUUUCAAGAUCUUUCAGAGUUGUCUUGGCAGCUAUUCCUACCCUCAGUACAAGAGCAGCCCCUUGAACAGUUACAGCAUGACGCGCUUUGUGUCCUGCCCACCAGUUUGUUGCCUCAUAGGCACCCCUGGACACACUGCGUGAGCCCAUCUUGUAGUCUACUACCACAAGGAUCAGGAUCUAGCCAUGCCUUGUGUCACCACUGUGUGAUUACAAUUUAGAAUAACAUGGAACACUUCAGAACCUCCCCCUACAAUAUAUAUGUAAACGUAUUUUAUAGAUAUGUAACUAUGCACAACUAUUCUACAU